CAUCGGCCGAGGGUCCCAGGGCGGCCUCCCCGACAUGGCAACCCCGCCUCAGCCUCCCCUUAGCUGGCCGUCAGUGCCCCUCGCGCGCCACUCACGCGCCGGGGAGGGGACGAUCCGCUGUGGUUGUUGCUGCUGAUUGUCCGCGCACGCUGUUUACAUUACGGAGUCCUGACACACCCUGCCUUACUCUACUGCACCCUGCCACAUCGCCCUGCCACUACACGCAACCAUGACGCCCACCCUGCUUUGCGUCCUACUGGUCAGCCUCCUAUCAGCCGCCCUCUGCUUCCCUCAGGAAUUAAAGGAAGAGAAGAGCACGUGGGGUGAGGAGUUCUGCCGGGUGAAAUACUGCGCCGUGAUGUCAGAGGGGCGCCAGGACCACUGCUGCGCCGCUUUCCACCAGUGCUGUGCCUAUGUAGAGAUGAGGAGCAGUGCUGGUCCCUUCGCCUACCUGGAGCCCGGGGAGGUCGCCAGCAUGCCGCCGCCACCACCGUCACCACCAACCACCACCUUCAACCCACGGGACAUCUACGUGGGCCCGCCAAAGUCCAUGCGUCUUGUCGAGGAAGCCAAACCACCCAGCCUUUCCCUGACUCGCCACCACCACCACCACCACUACCGCAGCCACCAUGUCACGCCCGAGCCACGCCCAGCCAUCCACCUACUGGGUGCUGGCGAGGACCUCAUGAAAACCAGAUAUAAUGACCAACUAGUUAAGAAUCACGAGCGGCUGUGUGUGUCCUCGUACUGCGGCCUCAUGUCCCCCAACCAACACACACUCUGUUGCAACGUAUACAACCAGUGCUGCACUUACUCCAAAUUCCGCCACCUCUUUGACCCCUUCCACCCUGACAACAACGGCAGGCGGCGCUAGCACUCACGCCGCCACUGACAACGCGUUUGUUCAUCCCUCCUUAACUAUACUCGUCGGCACCACCCUUACCUGUGUGUGUGUGUGGUGUGGUGUGGUGUGGUGUGGUGUGGUUGGUGUGUGUGUGUGUGUGUGUGUGUGUGUGUGUGUGUGUGUGUGUGUGUGUGUGUGUGUGUGUGUGUGUGUGUGUGUGUGUGUGUGUGUGUGUGUGUGUGUGUGUGUGUGUGUGUGUGUGAGUGGUUUUUAUCAAGAUGCAAUCAAAACUACGGUUAGUAAGAAAGAUAAUCUUGAAAUGACUCGAGACACUCUAUGAUUUUAUUUAUUUUUUUUUUCUCUCGGAGUGUCUAUCACACCGUACCUACGCAAGCCUUUUCACGUGCCUCAUCUCAGCCUUCCUUCCUUCCUUCCUGCAUAUCACAUAUCACUAAAAACACCUCCAUGCCACUCCCUUCCUUCCUUUUUUUUUCCUUCUAAUCACUUACAUAUCACUAGAAACUCCUUCCUGCCACUUCCUUCUAAUCAUUCACAUAUCACUAAAAACACCUUCCUGUCACUUUUCCCUCUACUCUCUCCUCUCUACGUUCCUUCAUGCAGUAACUAACCAGCAGCACUCCCCACCACUGUGUUCCCCGCCUUCUCCCUUGCCUAGAACACUCUGAUCUGCUCAAAGUCACCAGGUUUUGUUGGGAGACUAUCGGCGGGGAAGAAGAUGUAAGAAUGAACGACUCUAAGCACAGUGGAAGUGAGUGUAGCAGGUUAAUUAAGUGGCUUUACACCUGUACAUUGUUUCUACGUAUCGCCUGCCGCCAGCUGUGUUCACCGCCUGCUGUUUGGCGCCAAUUUAUACUGAGUGCUGUGAUUUCUCUAUAUGCUAACACGUCUUGAGGAUGAGUCGCCAUGUAAUUAGUAUUUUUGGAAGGUGUUAUAAUAUAUCAUACUAUACGCUUAUUUUUGGUGUGAGGAAAUGUAGCCAUGGCUUGUACGUGCAGUAACAAUGGCAAUGAUGAUGAUAGUGAUGAUUUUAUUACUGUUACUGUGACAAUAACAACAACAAGAACAAUAAUAACUACUACUAUUACUUCUACUACUACUACUACUACUACUACUACUACUACUACUACUACUAUUAUUUCUAUUACUGCUACUGCUACUACUACUACUACUACUACUACUACUACUACUACUACUACUACUACUACUACUACUACUACUAUUAUUUCUAUUACUGCUACUGCUGCUACUACUGCUACUACCUACUACUACUACAACAACUACUACUACUGUCACUACAUACUGUACAAGUUGUGGUUGUAUUUUCACGGAUUAACUUAACCAAUAAUAUGGUCCCAAACCAAUAUCACCAACAGCUGUAUAUAAUAUGCUAUUUUUAUAUAUUUUGUACACAUCUUUGUAGAGUAGGAAACUUGUAACACUUCACAUUAAUUCAGAGUUCAAGAGUUCAAUUGUCUCUCACUACGGGCUGUGUAAGACUAACAAAGCUUUCGAUGGUUUGCAACACGCCUCGCUGCAGCACUUCAAAGCUAUGAUAACCCCGGCAAUAGGCAAAGUGACCCUUAUCUUAACUUAUAAACACAUUACUAAUAUUACAGUCACUGGUAUGCUGACACAAGGCUUACCAGAGAGUCACGGUUCACGGGGGCAUGUUGCAGUUAUGUGGUGUUGAUUUGCUUCCCUAGCUUGCUUUCUUUGAUGUCAGGAAUUAAUACUGUUGUUGAUACAUGUCUCUCUCUCUUUCUCUCUCUUUGCUCUCUGCUCUCUCUCUCUGCUUCACGCUUAGUAUUCUUAUUUCAAGCUUUUAUUCCUUUGGCCACUGAGCUUAAAGGACUGAAGGGACUUAUAAGAUACCUGCUGGCAGAUGUAUGUAAAUAUAUGAAGUAAAGAUUAUGUAUGAUGA